CUUUUACAGGUACAAAGAUCACAUCAGUUUCAUCCGUUCAUAUUCAAACAGCGUCAUUUAUAUCCAGAAGCCCAAAAAUUACAAUGAGUGCCGCUGUGUCAACUCAUUUGAAUACGGAAAACAGAGAUUGUUCGACGGCGCCAUCUUUGCAUUUGAGUAAUCUAGAAGAUGUUUCGAUGGGCACGGAUAAUCCCGAAAUUAACAGAAGUGAAAAGUCAACUUCAUACGCCCAAUUUACAGAUUAUAUAAAUGCCGGUUUAUCUACAUCGAACUUAGUGAAACAAAUCUCAUUCAACGAUGGACCUCAUUACACGCAAGACAGUUUUGGAGCAGGAGUCUGUCCAGAAUGUUCUUCGAUAUGUAUCAAUACGGAUGUAGAAACAAAACAAAUGUCAAUAGAAACGGGAAGUUCCCUUGAAUUCAAACAUGGAAUAAGCAAAAUCGACGGUUAUUCUCAAUAUAGUACGAGGAGCUCGAAUAGAAGCAACCAAUUAUUAAAUAGUUCAGGACAUUCGGCUCACAUCGGUCAUAGUCGGCUAUUGUCGGUGCGAAAUCUUGGCGAAUCACUCUACGUGCCACCACAGCAGACAGUGUGCUCGUCGCUUGACAAAAAAGUGAAAAUCACCCAACAGCGGAGUGUGUUGGCUUCACAGACGACUUCAAUAGACGCAAGUAGCAUACAACAACCAUCAAACAAUAUUCAAGCAAACCCAGAUACGGGGAAUAUCGCCGAUCACUCAAAACCUUCUUGCAACGACCCUAAGAGCAUGAUCGAAAGCAAUUCGAACAGAAUCACGCCGAACUCGGAGCCGAACGCUGUGACGAGUAAUUUAAACGCAGCUAAAUGGAUUAAGGGAUAUGUUAAUGAUUCAAAAAAGGAUACUACAUCUGCAAAACCUCUUGAAGUGGUCUCAACGAUAAGCGUCACCGAAAUCCGUCCCACGAAAGAAAAUACGCAAUCGAACGAAAAACCAAUAGCUUCAAAUAAACCGAGUGAUUCUAGAAAAUUCGUUGUGGAUCAAAUAAUUUCAGGUCAGGUAUUUCCGAGUGAUGUAACGGAAUCAGUACAAGUACGUCCAGACGUUCAAGACGCUGCAACGGGCAGUAUUGCUAUAAAAAUAUGUCAUUCUAAUUUUGCUGGAAGCUCUCAUAUCCUACCAAAGUUAUUGUCUUAUUGUGAUGGAAAUAUAAAUACAGAUAAUGAAGUGACCGAACUCUUAAAAAAAAUGACGUCACGAAUGACUUCCUGUAUGCUCAGCGCCAAUGCGGAAUGUUGUCCAGGAUGCAAUCGUCCAGUCACAACAGAUAUAUCCAUCCAAGCUGUCGUAGAAUACCUUAGUUGUCCAAAAUGUACAUCAAGAAUAGCUGAUACGCUCCUGAAUGAUAAGGAUACAAUCGAUGAUCCAAAAUGGCGCGUAACAACAGAUAGCCGUUAUUUCAGCAACUUGUUAGCAAUGAAGAUAGUCCUAUUUAAAGAUUAUUUUCAAAGAUGCCUAGCGCCACCUGUUAAUGUAGCCGUGUACCACAGACCGACGACGCCUAAUAUUUACAUUGAAGCAUGCACAAUGAAACCCAGUGGAAGACAAGACGAAUACUGCCAAACAAAAAUCUCAAGCAUAUACACUAAAAAAAGAAAUAGGCGAUCUUGUUAUAUUUCACCAGCGUAUAGUUUGAUCGAUAUAAGAGAAAACCAAGAGAAAGAGGAGCUGAAAGCGGUUUAUAAUAUUCUCACAGCUAUUGAAGGAAGAGUUCGCAGAUUAAAAAAUCAUUUGCAUACUUAGUCUGCCGAUAAGCAGAUAGAUGGCGCGAAAAAUAAAAAUGGUGGGAAAUUAAC